AUGAGUGACAUAGGUGGCAAGAACCAAUUUCGUAUUAUUGUGGGCUCAUAUGAGCACAAUAUCUUAUGCUUGUCUUUAGAUAUUCCAACGCAAAAGAAAGAUGAUGUGGCAAAGACACCACAUUUUAUGCCGGUAUUUCAUUUUCAAGCUCAUUCAUUGAGUAUUAAAUGUUUAGCUGUGUCUAGAAGAUACUUAGUUUCCGGAUCGAAUGACGAACACAUCAGAAUUUAUGAUUUGCAAAAAAGAAAGGAACUGGGUACGUUGUUAAGCCAUCAGGGUUCUAUUACUGCUUUGCAAUUUUCGCAUCCAGCUUCCUCCAGCGAAGACUCUACUGUUGCGACAAAAGGUAAGAAUAGUAAAUGGCUAUUAUCAGCAUCAGAAGAUCACAAGAUCAUGGUUUGGAGAGUUAAGGAUUGGGAAACAAUGGGGAAAUUAAAGGGACAUACUGCUAGAGUUAAUGAUAUCGACAUCCAUCCCACCAAUAGAAUCGCAAUAAGUGUUAGUGAUGACCAUUCUAUACGUCUUUGGAACCUGAUGACUUUAAGAAACGCCGCUGUACUAAAAUUAAGAAAGUACAAUACAAACGGAACCUGCGUUAGAUGGUUAGGUGCUAAGGGUGAUUAUUUUGCCGUUGGAUUGAGGGAUAGGGUCCUUAUUUAUGAAACUGAAUCAGCCAAAGUGUUCAAAGAAAUACCUUUUGACAGAAAAACUCUCAUGCAUCUUGAAACUCACAUCCUACCGUUCGAUAAUAAGGAAUAUCUUUCUGUCGGUAUUAGCGAUGGUAAUGUUCAUUUCUAUUCUUGUGAAAAACUAUUCGAAAAAGUUGAAGAAAAUGGAAAAGACCAAGAAGACGAAAAGGUUGACGAAAAAAUCAGCCCAUCUUUCUCAUUAUUAGGCCACACAAACCGUAUCAAAGAUUUCAAGUUCUAUACAAAUGAAUUUGGUACCUACUUAGUAACCAUUGGUUCUGAUGGUAAGAUUGUUGUAUGGGAUAUGUCUACAAAAGAACAAGUAGCAGUUUAUGACUGUGGAGAAAGGCUAAAUUGUUUAACAUUAUGCGACGAAAGCAUCGAGAAAUACAGUACAAUGAAGAAAAGAGGAGCUGAAACAGCCGAACUAGGUGAGCAAAGUGAAGCAGAAAGUGAUACCGAAGAAAUAAAGAAGAUAAUGUUUGGUGAGAAGAAGAAACAAAAUAGAAAGAAGCAGAAGAAACUAAAGAAUAGAAAAGUGUCUGUGGAACUCGAAUAA